AGAGGAGAGGAAAGGAGAGGAGGAGCUGGGAAAGCACCAGAAGCGGCAGACAAAGCUCACAACUCAGCUCAGAGCGUGGCACAAACAGAAGGGAGUCAGCGCUGACUGGAUACUGCUGGAGCUCACAUCCGCAAACCUCAAAACAGAUGCACGGCCACAAAUCAGGAGCCAUCACAGAUAUGUUCUGACACUCCUGGACUGGACUAAAUACAACUUUUUUUUUUCAUUUGCAAUGGUGUGUGCUUUCUUGCUUUUUUGAAAGUCCAAUAAGAAAAUGAGAAGAUAGAAAGAAAAAAAAAACCCACAGCUCACAGUGGAUGUUUCACAGAAAGCUAAGAAAGACUGCUCUUUUGCAUGAGUCUUUUUGUGCAUCUCUCAACCACCCACUGAUUUUUCUUUUUUUUUCAAAAAAAAAAAAGAAGGAAUGGCUCUGCACACAUUAGCCAAAGGAAAAAGACACAGAGAGAAACAGAACAGGAGAGAUGAAAGAUCAUUUUGUGUGUGAGUAAUGUGUGAAACCUUGAAAUGGCUACCACCACCACUGAAUGUGUGAGAAGUCAAGUGGACAGGAUGCUGACUUGUUUGAAAAUCUGAUCUGCUAUCGGGGGUAGGCUGUGGGCGUCAGACAGCUGGGGCUGUGAUUCACAAACCCGACUUGGCGUGAAAACAAGAGAUGCUACAACUAAGAUGUGGCUUCCGUGUCACGAUAGGAGAUCAGUGAGGAGGAGAAAGUACAAUCGCGUGGAAAGGGAAACUUGAAGCUUUUGUCUCAACGGAGGAAAAACACGAAAACAUUUUGAGCAUUUUACUGAAUAAGAGCAAUAUUCAGGAUGCCCACUUGAAACUUUUGUUGUUCUGCAAACAAGGGAUCAAAAGACACUGGAGAUACAGUCUCUGUAUUAGUCUACGGCAUCUUAGUACAGAAAGGACUUCUGUCAUUCUUGGGGAGACUAUAUACAAAUAUCGGUGAACUGGAUUGCAAAAAAGGACAGAAGGACUGGUUUUGCUCUUUUCCUCCCUGUGGCUGAUUUACUUCCACCUUACUCAACACAAAUCACAGAGCAGAAGAAAUGUGUUUGUUUACAUGGGCACACCUGGGCCUGUAUCACUGAAACGGUGCCUUUUUAUGCAGCCGCCUUUUUUUUGCCCUCUCCGGAUGACUGCCAUGUUGGCAGGUGGAUGCAGAUGCAAUCGUCUCAUACAGCAUUAACCGGUUUAUACAAAAUAAACAAUCAUGCUGGAGCACAACAAGCUGGAAGCAUAAACGAAACAGGGUGAUCCUGCAUUACAGCAAGACUUUGUGCCCUGAAGCUUAAAUGGAACAAAGCGAAUAAAACGUUAGAUGUUUUCUUUUCUUUUUUUUUGUUUUUUGGAAAAUUAUCAGAAACCCAGUCUGAGCUAUUUAGAAAUACACCCCGUCACAUCUGCUUGGGGACAAGAAAUCUUGAAAAAAGAAGAGAAAGGAACACAUUUCAUAUGUUAAGACCUCCUAUAAGACAAAAAAUGAGAGUUAAGUUUAUACAGUUAGUCGAUUUAUGUACAGCUCAAAUUACAUUGGAAUGAAAUUUAUUACACAGCAUGAAGCAUGUGAAAAAUAAGUUUUAAAAGUGUUUACUAUAGUUGUUAAAGGGAGGGAAUAUCAGAUUAAUAAGCUGGGUCAUAAAAAGAAACCUAACAGAUCACUGGCAGCUGUGCCUGUGCUCAGAGCCUGGUGGUGGCAUCAUGUUAUAUGUUGGUGGUAAGAGUGGAUUUCUGCAGGGUGUGGUGGCACCAACAGUUAUAGCACCAUCACCGUUAUGGUGGUCUGUUGUUGUGUUGUUAGUUUGUCUUCAACUCCCCCAGCUGAGCCCUGCCCAGGCCAGCAUCUGCUUGUCUGGACAUGGCGCUUCCCAGGAAGGCAGAUGUCUGUGUGCCUCUGACAUCCUCAGCUGCACCGCCCUGGGUCUGCUACAGGUCCCCAGAGAAAUGCCUGCCUCUGCUGUCACUUUGGAUCUCAGCCAUAAUCGGAUUGUGCAAUUGCAGGAGGGUAGCUUUGGAGGACUUUCCCGUUUGGAAACAUUACGGUUAGCCCACAAUCAGCUGACUUCUAUUCAACCGAGGGCGUUUCGAAAUAGCUCCGGGACACUGCUCAGACACUUGGACCUUUCAUCUAAUCAGCUUCGUGUUUUGCAGCAGCAUUAUUUUCAAGAUCUGCCUGGAUUGGAGGAACUGUUGUUGUUCAACAAUCGCAUCGUCCAGGUUGAAGGCACAGCAUUUGCCGGACUGAGCAAUCUCCGCAAGGCCUACCUCAGCCAUAACCGUCUGACUGACUUCCCUUUCUUUUCGAUACAAGAGCACACUCACCCUCAUCUUUACUUACUAGACCUAUCAUCAAACCGCUUACCCAGACUGCCUUUGGAGGACAUAUCAAACUUACCCACAGCGGUCCAGAACGGACUUUACCUUCAUAACAACUCCCUGGUGUGUGAGUGUUCGAUGUAUGGGCUGUUUCGUCACUGGUUAGAGAGAGAGUUUGCUUCAGUGACAGAUUUCAAGCCGGAGCACACAUGUCUGGUCUUUGGGAUACAAAAAGGUCCGGUGCGUUUGUUCCAGCGUAACUCCUACUUUGAAAAAUGCAACUUCACUGGGAUGAGGCUGCCUCUUAAAGCGCAGGAGGGCAGCGUUUCAGUAAAUGCAGGAAAGACUUUGUGGCUGCACUGUGUUACGACUCUACUUGGACAGCAUGUGACAUUUUUCUGGGUGUCACCGAAACAGGAAUACGUGGCGCCGCCGGGGAAUGAUGGAUUAAAGAUGUACACCAAUGGUACCUUGGAGAUCAUGAAAGCGAGUGCCGAGGAUUCCGGUGUCUACUGGUGUAUGGCUUUGGACCAGCAGCAGCAGCGAAACGAAACACGGGAGGUUAACGUGACGGUCGUACAGCCCAAUGACAACGAGUCUCACGAGCCAUUUAACACUGGAUUCACCACCCUGCUGGGCUGUGUGGUCAGCCUGGUCCUAGUUCUCAUGUACCUCUAUCUGACACCCUGUCGCUGCCCUUCCUGUCCAAAGAUCCCCGCUCCAGCCACAGCCACCCCGACCUUGGGUAAUGAGGCUGGGGUUGGGAGCGCCCAAUCCUCCAUCUUAACCCCCACCCCGCCAACGACCACUGAGGGGCCAGGCCGUAAGGUCAGUACCAACAAGCAUGUAGUAUUUCUGGAGCCUAUAAGAGAGCAGCAAAAUGGCAGACUGAGGGCGGGACCAGGAACUGGGACAGUGCAAGGACAUCUGGGGCCAGGUUUACUGCUAGGGGCAGAGCACCAGUCAAAGCUCCACAACCAAUCACAGCAGAGAGCAGGGGAGACAGACUCCAUUAUAUCAGUGUUCUCAGACACACCCAUCAUGUUGCCAUAGCGAUGGGACAAGCAGAGACAGACUGGCACGAAUAUCACCUCUCACUCACUUUCUUCCUUCCUCUGCUUCUCAGUUACCUCCUCACCACCUCCCACUGCACCCAGCACUAGACCUGAGCAAAACAGUAAUCCAAUACAACACUGAUUAAAAGCUUAAUUCAUCUCUUAUCUUUGCGAGGCUUUGAGGCUCUAAAACUGCCUAAUGAAACAGAUCCAAGUGCAAUUUGAACAGAGAGAAAACUGUUAAAAACAAAUGAAAUGUAUUAUUGUUUGCCCAGGUCUGCCCACCAUGCCCUACAGCCAUGUACCAAUGCACUGUGAAAGGCUAUCUUCUGUUGAAAACAGACUUGCAGGGUAGGAAUAGUACGUUUACAGAAGACAAAAGACAGUCAGGAAAACAAAGACCAGGAUGGACAGUGCAAGUAUGUACAGUAGGUGUCAGAAUUAACCCAGACCAAAGAUAGCAAGACUUCAGAAAUCGCUGGAGGAGCUGCGACUACAACCUUAAAGUCUGUAUGAGGAAACUUUGGAAGAGAGUAAAAGAUGUGUGUGUGUGACAGGCACACAGCAGAGACCCAUCUGAGUGAAAGGCAAUGAUGGGAGAGGUGAAGAGUGCAUUCCUGCGAUCAAGAUGUGCAUGGACUUCUACUGAAAAACAAAGUGCACAGAGCUGUCCCUUUAAGCACGGCUUGUACCUUUAAUAAACAUUUGCUACAGAUGCCUUCUUGUCUCAUAUAGAGAUGUAGAGAAAAAAAAAAAAUCUCUUUUUUUUUUGUUGAGCUUUUUUAGCGUUUCCUUUUGUCAGAGUCAGUGUGUCAGUUGAUUAGAGCCAAACAAAUCUGCAUAGUGUAGCUCUGUCACAAUGUGAACUGUUUUAGAGUAGACAUGCUAGAGAAGAAGAGCUUUUAGUUAGUAAAAAUAGAAACUCUUUUAAGGGAUAAGGAUUUGAUUCUGACUUCCUCCUUGCACCUUCCCCCCUCUCCCCUGGAAGUUGAUUACUGUCAUAAUUAAUCAGAAUCUGAGCAUUAGGAAAACAACAGGAAGUAAUAAACAAAUAAACUCAUUUUUUAAGACCUGAUCUGAAAUAUUGUAAGCUGGAGGAGGAGAGCCAGUGUUUGGAUUAAUUCCAGAUGAGACUGUGGAAGUUUUUAUCAGAUGUAUCAAUGUUUUUUUUUUUUUGUUUUGUUUUGGGUUUUUUUCUCAGUCAUGUCAAUUUUCUGGGACAAUGAAUGUGAAAACGAAUAGGUGACAAAAAAUGACUAAACUCAUGCCUUUGUGUUAAAAAUAUACUGCAGGAUUGACAGGACAAUCAGGACAGACUUGCUUGUUUUCUUACUUAUUGUCUUCACUGUAUUCACUGCAUCUUCCUCUUCCUUGCACCCCCCUUCCCCCCUCCUUCUUUCCUGUCAGUCUCCUGUCCUAUCUUUAUCUGUGUGUUAAUAAACCUCUGUAUCUGGACCAUC